GACUAAUUAGUUAGCAGCCCGUCGAACUUGUUGGCAUCCGUGCGAUGUAUGGCCACUUAUAAAGAGGCUGAUACCGACCACCCGAGGCAUUGCAGUUAUCGCAGCAUUGGCAUCAUCGGUCUUGCGACAACGGAAGAGCUUCACUCUGGCGUGGCGUGAGUUGAGAUACUAUCAAGCAACUUCAACAACUUCACAACUUCAGCAACUCUGCCUUCCGCAACUCUGCCCUCCGCAAACUGCCCAGAAUGAAGCUCCUUUCGUUGACCCGCGUCGCUCUUGGGUUGACUUCGCUCAUUCCUAUCGCUUCUUCGUAUCCGACCCCUCACGAGACCUCCCUUCCCCUCCCGUACCGCAUUCUGCAGGAGUUUCCGGAGCCAACCUGGAUCGAAAAUAUCGCCGUUCGUCACAAUGGUGCCCUGCUCUUGACCAUCUUGUCCCCCAACGCAUCCCUGUAUCAACUUUCCCAUCCGGCCAGCAAAAGGCCAUGCCUUUCGCUGGUUCAUACCUUCGACGAGGUCACCAGUCUCCUUGGCAUUGCCGAGACGUCCCCCGAUGUGUUCGCCAUCGUUGGCGCCAACUUUUCCGCAGAAGGCAGCCCGGUCAAUGGCACAACCGUCACCUUCAGCGUCGACUUCAACAAGCACAAGCCCGUCGUCAAGACUAUCACCUCCAUCCCCGAGGCCGCUCUUCCCAACGGACUGACUCCCCUGCCGCACCGCCCCACCACAGUGUUGAUCGCCGACUCCGUCCAAGGUCUAAUCUGGCGCGUCGACACUCUGACCGGAAAGUACGACGUGGCAAUGCAGACGCCCCAGAUGGCAGUGCCCCCCGGCGCGUCGACCCCGAUCGGCAUCAACGGAAUCCACUUCUUCCAGGGCGACCUGUACUUUGACAACGGCAUCCUCUCAACCAUGUACCGCGUCAAGGUCACGCCGACGGGUUCCAUCGCCCCGCACGCAGCCGUCGAGACGGUCGCGGUGCUGGACGCCGAGUUCCUCGACGACUUCUCCUUCGCGGCCGACGGGACGAUCUACGUCGAGACCAACAAGGACAACCGCGUCAUUGCGGUGAGGCCGGACGGCGACGGGGGCUACGGCGAGGGCGUCGUCGUCGAGGGCGAGGCGACGAGCCCCUUGCUCGCGGGGGAUACGGCGUCUGUGUUUGGGCGGACGAAGGCGGACAGGGAUGUGCUGUACGUUGUUACGAGUGGGGGGGCAGCAAGUCCCGGAGAAGGAGGGAAGGUUGUCGCUAUUGAUACAAGGGGGUUUUGAGCAGUAGAGUCGAAGGCAAUGGGAUAAAACGCGGAGUGAAAAGAGCUUAUGAGUAGAAUGGAAAAGCAGGCUGAGAUUGAGAAGGCGACUUCCAAUAGAGGUUAUCCCUCCAGGGAAUUACACCGAAGAAACGCGGAGUAAUAGGAGUAAAUAUAAUAAUUAAUUAGAAGCCAAUUACAUCCUCUAGCCUAGUCUCUAAUUAAC